AUGGUCGUCGUUGGCGAUUUCAACAACGAUAAUAUAUUAGAUAUCGCAGUCGCAAAUUUUGGAACUAAUAAUGUCGGAAUAUUUCUUGGAUUCGGCAAUAGAUCUUUUGCCAAUCAAAUAGAGCUUUCGACUGGCUCAUCUCGUCCGAUUUCAAUUAGUGUAGCUGAUUUCAACAACGACACACUACUUGAUAUUGCCAUUGCUAAUUAUGGAACUCAUAGUAUAGGUAUAUUCUAUGGACAUGGGGGUGGAAACUUUUUGAGUCUAAUUACAUAUACGACGGGUUAUGAUUCUUUUCCAUCCUCAUUGAUCGCUGGAGAUUUUAACAACGACAACUCUUUAGACCUCGCUAUAGCUAACUAUGGUACGGACAAUAUUGUUAUACUUCUUGGCAAUUCCAACGGUACUUUUACAAACCAAAUAACACUUUCUACUAGUCUUGGUUCUCAUCCACAAUCAAUUACUGCUGGGUAUUUCAAUGACGACGCUCUACUUGAUAUUGCUGUUGCUCUUUAUGGAAUUAAGAAAAUAGGAGUGUUUCUUAGCAAAGAUAAUGGAACUUUUGCAAACCAAGCUACCUAUUCCGUCGAUUCUGCUUCUCCAUACUCGAUUGAAGUUGGUGAUUUCAACCAAGACAAUCGACUAGAUUUAGUCGUCACCAAUAACGGUAUUAACAAUUUAGCCAUGCUUCUUGGCGAUGGAAAGGGGGCAUUCACAGAACCAUUGAUGUAUUCAACUAAAGCUUAUUCUUCGAUAUCUCUCGCCAUUGGAGAUGUUAACAAAGAUAAUCGACUAGAUGUGAUCAUCGUUAGCAAUGAUACUGGUGCUAUUGACAUCCUCUUUGGUUCUUACGAAGGCUUUUCUAAUCAAACGAUAUAUUCUACUAGUCGUAAUCCAGAAUAUACAGCUCUUGUGGAUUUCAACAACGAUACCCGACUAGAUAUUGUUGUUGCCAAUUCUGGUACCAAUGAUGUGAGUGUCCUUCUUGCAUAUGGUAAUGGCUCAUUUGCGGAUCAAAUUAGGUAUUCAGCUGGCACUAUGCCACGGUUUGUAGCGAUUGGUGAUUUCAACAACGAUCAACGACCAGAUAUUGUUGUUGCCAAUAGUGUUAGUCAUGAUGUGAGUGUCCUUCUUGGUUAUGGUAAUGGCUCCUUUGCAAAGCAAAUAAGGUAUGCAACUGGUCUUAAUCCAUAUGCUGUAGCUGUGGGUGAUUUCAAUAACGACACUCGACUAGAUAUGGUUGUCGUCAAUUAUGGUGCCAAUAGUAUGAAUGUCUUACUCGGCUAUGGUAAUGGCUCUUUUAGAAAUGAAACAUUCUAUUCAACUGGCAACAGUCCACGAUCUGUAGCUCUUGGUGAUUUCAAUAAUGAUAACCGAUUAGAUAUUAUUGUCGCCAAUGAUGGUAGCGAUGAUGUGAGUGUCUUCCUCGGCUAUGGUAAUGGCUCUUUCACGAAACAAAUGAGGUAUCGAACUGGUCGUUCUCCACGAUAUGUAGCUGUUGGCGACUUUAACAGCGAUAAUCGACUGGAUAUCGUUGUUGCCAACACUAAUGACAAUGGUGUAGGUGUCCAUCUUGGAUAUGGUAAUGGCUCUUUUGCAGAGCAAAUCUCAUAUUUAACGGGUCGUUUUCCACAAUGUGUAGCUGUUGGUGAUAUUAAUAAUGACAACUGGAUGGAUAUGCUUGUCAUCAAUUAUUAUAAUAAUUAUGUGGGUGUCUUUCUUGGAUACGGUGAUGGUUCUUUUGCAGAUCAAAUCAAGUAUUUGGUCGAUGAAAAUUUACGAUCUGUAGCCCUUGGUGAUUUCAACAAUGACGCUCGACUCGAUAUCGUUGUUGCCAAUAAUAUAGAUAAUAAUGUAGGCAUAUUGCUUCAAUAUAACAGAGGAUUUCUUAAAAAUGAAAUUACUUAUGCAUCUGGUGUGGGUUCUAAACUAAAAUAUGUUGUUGUUGACGAUCUGAACAACGACACUCGACUUGAUAUCGUUGUUGCUAAUUUCGGUACUAAUAAUAUAGGUAUCCUGUUUGGGCGUGGAAAUGGCUCUUUCCUUAACCAAAUGAUGCUCAGUACUGGCUCAAAUUCUCAUCCAUCAUCCAUCACCAUUGGUGAUUUUAAUGGUGAUUAUCAACGGGAUAUCGCUGUUGCCAACUACGGUACUCGGGAUACAGAUAUUUUCCUUGGAAAUGGAAACAGAACGUUUACAGGUCAAGAAAAUACUGGAAUUAGCUUUGUUUCCAAUCCAAUGAUUAUUGCUGCUGCUGACUUUAAUAAUGAUGGACGAUCAGAAAUUGUUCUUGCAUAUGAUAAUAGUGAUAAUGUAGAUAUUCUUGUUGCGUUUAACUUCAUCUUUUUUGCAGAUCGGACCAUGUAUUCAACGGGUUCGUCACCUCAAUCUCUAGCUGUUGGUGAUUUCAACAACGAUAAUCAACUAGAUAUUGUUGUUGGUAAUUAUGAUAGCCAUGAUGUGAGCGUCCUUCUUGGAUAUGGAAAUGGCUCUUUUUCGAAUCAAAUUAAUUAUAAAACCGGUCGUAAUCCACAAUCUGUAGCUAUUGGCGAUUUCAACAACGACAACCGACUGGAUAUUGUUGUUGCUAAUAAUGAUAACAAUAGUGUGAGUGUCCUUCUUGGAUAUGGUAAUGGCUCUUUUGCAAAUCAAAUUCCAUAUGACAGCGGUCGUCAUCCAAAAUCUGUAGCUGUUGGUGAUUUCAACAAUGACACCCAACUAGAUAUCGUUGUCGCCAAUAAUUGGGACCAUAAUGUGAGUAUCCUUCUUGGAUAUGGUAAUGGCUCUUUUGGAAACCAAAACACGUACGCAACUGAUUAUAAUCCAUCUUUUGUAGCUGUUAGUGAUUUGAACGAUGAUAACCGACUAGAUAUUAUUGUAGCCAAUGAAGCUGGUGACACUGUAAGUAUCCUUCUUGGAUAUGGUGAUGGCUCUUUUGAAAAUCAAACCACGUAUUCAACUGGCUACUGGCCACAGUCUGUAGCUGUUGGUGAUUUGAAUAAUGAUGCACGGUUGGAUAUCGUUGUAGCCAACUAUAAUAGUCAUAAUGUGAGUGUCCUUCUUGGAUAUGGGAAUGGUUCUUUUGGAAAUCAAACCACGUAUGUAGCAGGUGAUAAACCAUAUUCAAUAGCUCUAACUGAUUUAAACAAUGACACCCAACUUGAUAUCGUUGUUGCCAAUGGAGAGAGUAAUGAUGUAAGUGUCUUUCUGGGCUACGGUAAUGGCUCUUUUGCAGAGCAAUUCACGUAUCCAGGUGGUCGGUAUCCUCAAGCUCUAGCUAUUGGUGAUUUUAAUAACGAUACCCUAAUGGAGAUUGUUGUCGCCAAUAGUUAUGUCGAUUCGGUAAGUGUUAUUCAAGAGUUCAUCAAUAUAGGUUUUUUACACCAAACUACAAUCGCAACUGAGAGUAUGUCACAGCCGCAGUCAUUUGCCAUUGGUGAUUUUAACAAGGAUGAUUGGAUGGAUCUUGCCAUAGCUUAUUCGGGUUCUCAGAGUAUCGGAAUUUUUCUCGGACAUGGUAAUAUGUCUUUUUCGACUCAAGCCACAUGUUCAACAGGUUCAUCUUCGCGACCGUUGUCUAUGGCUGUUGCUGAUUUCAAUAAUGAUAGUCGACUGGAUAUCGUCGUCGCUAAUUAUGGUUCUGGUAACCUUGGUAUUUUUCUUGGAUAUGGUGAUGGCUCUUUUGCAAAUCAAACGACAUAUUCAACGGGCACCAGUUCCUCUCCUCAUUCUGUCUCUGUGGGUGAUUUUAACAAAGACAGCAUACCAGAUAUUGUCGUCGCUAAUCAAGGUAGUAAUAUUGUGGGUUUAUUCUUCGGACAUGGCAACGGCACAUUCGCAGAUAUGAUUGAAUUUUCGAUUGGUUACGGAUCUCGUCCGUUUUCUGUUGUCGUUGGUGAUUUUGACCGUGACAAAAACCUAGAUUUAGCUGUAGCGAAUGAGAAUACUAACGAUUUACAUAUUCUUUUACAGACCUGUUAA